AUGAUUACCACAUUUCUAGAGUUUCUUCCAGGCUUCACUUCCAUCAUCCUUGCCGGCAACAUGGAUUCACCGCACUCUCAACAUUACAUCGACGCGGCUACUUUUUCUACCAUGGCGCUGAACAUGACGUCGCUAUCGGUCGGACUGGGACUCGCAUCAGCACUGGACACGCUCUGUUCUCAAGCUUACGGAGCCAAGCGACUCGAGAAGAUCGGAAUCUACUUCCAGACCGGUGUCAUCGUACUCACCGCCACUCUCAUACCCAUGCUUCUCAUCAAUACCUUCACCGAACCGAUCCUCAAAUGGUUAGGUCAAGAUGCAGAGGUCGCGAGUUUCGCUGGAGAAUUCUCACGCUGGAUGCUGCCAGGUGUGCCGUGCUUGUUCCUCUAUGAGCUUACUCGCAAAGUGCUUCAAGCUCAGAACAUCAUGACCCCCCUCGUCACGAUCGCGGCGAUCGGUAACGUAGUGAACGUCGCAGCCGGUUACGGACUCGCCUACCACACUUCAAUCGGCUUCAACGGGAUCGCUAUUGCCAGGAGUCUGGGCAACUUCACGCUCCCUCUGCUGCUUGUACCGUACUUCAUGUGGCGUCCGCACCACUUGAAGCAGUGGUGGUGCCACCCGUGGGAUUUCAAGGCUGCAACGCGCUACGUGCGUCUCUUUCUACGACUUGGUGUGCCUGGCAUGCUGAUGCUUGGAAUGGAAAUGUGGGCUUUCGAAGCGCUCUCCGUUCUUGCAGGUCUGUUACCUGACAGUGUCGUGGCAGUUGCAGCGCAUUCCGUGUUGGUUAACGUGGAUAUGCUGGUUUAUACGAGUUUUGCCGGUCUUUCAGUAGCUGCAAAUAUUCGUGUGGGCAACUGUCUUGGAGCCAACAAGCCAAAGACUGCUAAGGUGGCACGCAAUGUAGCUCUCAUGAUUACGUUGGUGGUGACGCUGUUCUUUGCGGGGCUCACGCUUGGACUGAGUGAAUAUAUCCCGCUUCUGUUCUUGGACAGAGGCAAAAGCGCUGAUCUAGCUGCUCGGGUGAUGGCACUUAUGUCACCCCAAAAGAUCGUUGACGGUCUGAAUACUGUGACGCAAGGAGUAUUCCGUGGCGCAGGAAAGCAAAAAUCUGCCGCGAUUGCGAACGGAGUGGCGUAUUACCUUUUCGGAGUUCCAUUUGGCGCUCUACUUGCCUUCCAGUGUGACCUCGGUGUCGAGGGACUGUGGAUUGGUAUGACAGCGGGCAAUGUCUUCGCCUUGUGUGUGAUGACUGUGUUAAUGCGGUUUUACUGGAACUGGGAUAGACUGGCGGAUGAUGCCCAGACACGCACAGAUUUGUAG